AUGGCAACCGUUGAAGCCGUCCAGGCGCAACAGGCGCAACAGGCGCAGGAGCGUGCGGUGGGCAUAUCUGUAUACGUGCAGCCCAAAGUGCCUGGCUUCAGGUGCAUUGUCAAACAGCGCUAUACCGACUUCCUGGUCAACGAAAUUCUGCCCAAUGGCGAAGUUCUGCACUUGACCGAGCUUGCUACAGGAAGCGAUCGCAAGAGGAAGCGGGAGAACGAUGCGCAAGAUGGUAGCAAAAAGCAGCGAUCGGAGAAUGAUGCACCGGCUGAGGCCGCUACUGUCAGUGAAGUCAAGGAAGAGCAGGCUGCCGCUGGUGGUGAAGAGAAGACAAAUGGAGAUGCCGCACCAGAGUCAAAGUCUGUGGUCAAUGGUGCCGCGGCGAGGGCUGCGAGGGAAGAGGCUGUCGCUAGCAUUUCGGCUGAAGACAUCACAGUCCUCAAGGGCAUCUUUGAUGCACAGACGGUGGACAGCAUAGUUCAGCUGUAUGCAGAUGUGGUAGCAUACCCAGAUCGCAAGCCCAGAGAUCAUGCUUCAAUCAAGUCUGAGCCACUUCUUGAGAAAUCGAAGCGUACAGAAGCACACAUGUGUGUCCGUCGCAUAUUCAAGUCCAAACUUGAGACGACCACCAUCCAGAGUCAGGAUCAGCAAUCGGGUCCGCCAACAAUCAUCUCAUUACGAGCUGCACCGGCUAAAGUUGCUGCUGCGCCAAACACAAAAGGUGACAACCGCGAUCAGCAAAAGUCUGACAGGCAGCGAGGUAGGCAGAACUGGGCUGAGCUAGGUGGCGAGUAUCUUCAUUUCACUCUGUACAAGGAAAACAAAGAUACGAUGGAAGUGCUGAACUUCAUCGGUGCUCAGCUCAAGAUGCACAUCAAACACUUCAGCUUCGCAGGCACGAAAGACAGGAGAGGCGUCACAGUUCAGCGAGUAGCCAUUCACAGAGUGCUUCGCCAACGGAUCGAGCAACUGAACAAGAUGGCAAGAGGUCGUUCAUGGCGUCUGGGUGGGCCAUGGGAGUACCGCCCAGAAGGUUUGGAGCUUGGCAUGUUGAGUGGGAAUGAGUUCUUGCUCACCCUCCGUGACGCCACGUUCGACGGCGAAGACUCGAGCUGGGACAUGUCGCAGCGACUCCAGCAUGCACGAACUGUGGCACAGAUUGCCGCAGAUAGCCUGGCCAAGAGUGGCUACCUGAACUACUAUGGACUUCAACGUUUUGGUUCCUACAAGACCGGGACACACGUUGCAGGCAUGAGAAUGCUGAAGGGUGAUCUCCAGGGCGCUGUCGAUGCGAUUCUAGCCUAUGACGAAUUAUUGCUACAAGAAAACCAGGAUGCCGACCCACAGGGUGGAGACGCCACCAAGAAGAAUGUGCCCCAGGAAGAUAUAGACCGUGCCACAGCAAUUCACCAGUUCAGGAAGAACGGCAACUCUGGCUCAGCGCUACGACUCCUCCCCAUGCGCUUUGCAGCCGAACGGGGCAUGAUCACACACCUCGGCAAGCGCGAUCGAGGCAACAAUACGAGACCGAACGAGAACGACUUCCAAGGCGCGCUCAUGCAGAUUCAGCGGAACUUGAGGCUCAUGUAUGUUCACGCCUACCAGAGUUUCGUCUGGAACACCAUAGUCGGCAAGCGCUGGGAACUCUUCGGCAACAGCGUCGUAGAAGGUGAUCUCGUCGUCGUAGGCGAGAAGGAGAAGGCAGAAGGAAAACCAGCGACUGCUCCAGCAACCAAGCAAGAAGUCGACGAAAACGGCGAACCCAUCAUACAUCCCUCAGCUUCCACUGGCGGCUACACCGAAACCACAACAACCGAAAUCGACGAUCCCUACGUCCGCGCUCGACCCCUAUCCAAGGAAGAAGCAGAAAGCGGCCGCUUCAGCGUCUUUGACCUCGUUCUCCCACUCCCAGGCUACGACGUCAUCUACCCAACCAACUCCAUCGGCACCCUCUACUCGACCUUCAUGGCUUCCGACGAAGGCGGCGCCAUCGAUCCCCACAACAUGCGUCGCGGCUGGAAAGACAUCUCCCUGUCCGGCGGAUACCGAAAAGUCAUGUCACGUCCCCUUGGCGAUGGGGUGAAGGUUGUGGAUGUGAAGGCUUAUGCGGCGGAUAAUGCGCAGAUGGUUCAGACGGAUCUGGAGAAGUUGGAGGAGAGUGGUGUGGAGGCGACGAAAGUUGAGGAGAGCGGGGAUGGGAAGGCGGAGAAGGAUAAAAUCGCGGUGGUGUUGAAGAUGAGGUUGGGGAGUAGUCAGUAUGCUACUAUGGCGUUGAGGGAGUUGACGAAGGGUGGUGCGACGGGGUAUACCCCAAUGUUCUCGGUGGUGAAUAGGUAG